GCCAUUGAUGAUUGGCUUCCUGUCACUGCCUCCAGAAAUGCUAAAUGGUGGUAUUCAGCUUUCCACAAUCUCACUGCCAUGGUUGGUGCUGGUGUCCUCACCCUUCCUUAUGCCAUGUCAAAGAUGGGCUGGGGUCCGGGCUCAGUUGUCUUGGUGUUGUCAUGGAUCAUCACUUUGUUCACGCUAUGGCAAAUGGUUGAGAUGCAUGAAAUGGUGCCUGACGUGAGAUUCGACAGGUAUCAUGAGUUAGGACAACAUGCCUUUGGUAAGAAGCUGGGUCUUUGGAUCGUGGUUCCCCAACAGUUACUUGUUGAGGUCGGCACGUGCAUUGCAUAUAUGGUCACUGGAGGCAAAUCACUGAAGAAGUUUCAUGAUACUGUUUGCCCCUCUUGUAAAGACAUCAGGACUUCCUACUGGAUUGUUAUCUUCGCUUCUGUUAACUUUGUUCUUUGUCAAUGUCCCAGCUUCAACUCUAUUUCUGCUAUCUCUUUAGCUGCUGCUGUCAUGUCCAUCGCUUACUCAACCAUAGCUUGGGUGGCCACCAUUAAAAAUGGAGUUCUACCAAAUGUGGACUAUGGCUACAAUGCCAAGAGCACUGCAGAUGGUGUAUUCAACUUCAUGACUGCAUUGGGAGAGAUAGCAUUCUCUUAUGCAGGUCACAAUGUGGUUCUGGAAAUCCAGGCAACAAUACCCUCUUCUCCUGAGAAGCCUUCCAAAAAAGCAAUGUGGAAAGGAGUUAUUGUUGCAUAUAUGGGAGUGGCCUUUUGCUACUUUCCUGUUGCCUUCAUUGGAUACUAUGUAUAUGGAAACUCUGUUGAUGACAACAUCCUCAUCACACUUGAGCAUCCCACUUGGCUUAUUGCUGCUGCUAACAUGUUUGUUAUUGUCCAUGUUAUUGGAGGCUACCAGGUAUUUUCAAUGCCAGUGUUCGAUAUGAUGGAAACAUACUUGGUGAAGCAGUUAAAGCUUCCUCCUUGUUUUACACUCCGUUUAGUUGCACGUACUGUAUUUGUAGCAUUGACAAUGAUAAUUGGCAUAUGCAUCCCGUUCUUUGGUUCUCUUCUUGGAUUUCUUGGAGGAUUUGCCUUUGCCCCAACAUCAUACUUUCUGCCAUGUAUAAUAUGGCUUAAACUCUACAAACCCAAGAGAUUUGGCUUGUCUUGGACAAUCAAUUGGAUCUGCAUUGUGCUUGGGGUAUUGUUGAUGACACUAUCCCCAAUUGGUUCAUUAAGAAACAUCAUCGUUUCUGCUAAGAACUACAAAUUCUUCUCGUGA